AUGACAGCCGACAUUGCCAGAUCGCAACAGAAUGCCUUCGCGCAGCCGUUCGCGCUCAGCGCAAGGUAUGCUGCCGACCGCGGUGAUGCGCCAAAGGGCGAGGAUGACUUCGUCCCUGAUCUCAACGUUCGUUUGAUCUGCCGAGACUGCAAGACGGAUCCUCCCAACCUCGCCGAGGAGUUCGAGUCGGGUGAUCUAGUUUGUGCCGAUUGCGGCUUAGUCGUUGGCGAGAACAUUAUCGACACACGAUCCGAGUGGCGUACAUUCGCCAACGAGGAUGGAGACGACCCUUCGCGUGUUGGUGCGGCGAGCAACCCGUUGUUGGAUGGUAUCAACGAGCAGCUCGAGUCGCGCAUUGGUUACAGGGACGGUGGUACCGGUGCUUCGAGGGAUUUGCAGAGGACGAUGAACCGUGCCACAGGUACUCGAGACCGUAACAUGUUGGAUGCAUUCGAAGACAUUCAGCGCAAGUGCGACUCGAUCCAUCUGCCACGAACCGUGUCGGACGUGGCCAAGCAGGCUUAUCGCCGAGUCGAGGAAGAAAAGAUUCUGCGGGGAAAGAAGCCGGACGCCAUCAUCGCUGCUGCCAUCUAUGUGGCUUGCAAGAUGAACCACGUGCCGCGAACCUUCCCCGAGAUCUGCUCAUUGACAAGCGUAUCCAAGAAGCACAUUGGCCAGUGCUUCAAGGAGAUGCAGCAGGCGUUCGGACUUAACGCUACCGGUACUGGAUCUGUUGACGGAUCGAGGGCCAGCGCUAACAACAGCGGCACCUCUACUCCUAUUGGUAUCGGACCGACGGGUGCAGCAGACUUGGUUGGUCGUUACUGCAACCACUUGGGUCUCGAGAUGCGCGUUACUCGAUCCACAGAGGACAUCACAGCACGUGUACGAGAGUUGGGCAUUUUGGCAGGACGAAGUCCUAUCACCAUCGCUGCAGCCUGCAUUUACUUCUCGACGCUGCUGUGGGGCAUCGACAAGGGUGCCAAGCGUAUCAGUCAAGCAGCUGGUGUCAGUGAUGUGACGAUCAAGAACUCGUUCAAGGAGCUUCUCAAGCACAAGGACAAGGUUGCCACCCCGGAAGUUCUCGCUAAGAGCCCUCAGAUGGACAUUUCACGCCUCGAUGUGUAA